UAAUACCCGUUCCCUCUGGAGAAAACUCCGAACAGUGCAAAAGUUGGACGAAUUCGUCAUUCGGUUAUUUCAAAGGAGAAAAUCGUGUUUCAAUAGUUUCGCUCGGAAACAAAAACGAUAUUAAUUUAUCGCAAAAGUGUUGCGCUUUGCGCGUGUGAUAUUUGCGCCACCCGGAAGUGGUUUAAGGCGGCUACUGGUCGCUGUGAAAAUUUGUUCAAUUUCGGAUUGCAAUCUCUUUUUUUCCCUGGUAGUGCGUGGAGUGUGUUGGAAGAAAGAAGAAGAUUCACAAGACAGCUGACAAGAAGAAAAAGAGAAGCGAGAAAAAACUGCACGACGGUGGUGUAAUCCAAGCCCCGUAAUAUAGCUAUCGCUUGGGGUCGAACUGUGUAGUUUCAGUGGAAUUCCAUCAUCGGUGUAACAGUGCCAUCGGCGCAUUUAAAGACAUCAAAUUGUAUAACGUUUUAUCGAAAAAUAAUUGAAUUCACAUCAGCCAAGUCGAACGGAAGAAGACAAAACCCAUACGAACGCUGGUAGUAAUAUGAGUAAUGCUAUUAACCAAAAUGGUACAGGUCUAGAGCAGCAGUUUGCUGGUCUGGACUUGCAGCAGCAGCAGCAGCUGAGCAAGCAAGAUUCUGGAAAUUUUAAAACUUCGGCUGCUCGUUACGUUCCACCCCAGCUGAGAAGCGGCCGUAGUGGUGGUGGUGGUGGAGGCGGUAGCGGUAGUGGCUCUGAGACUGAUCCAAAGCCUGCUGGUGUAGGCCGUGGAGGAUACGGUCGUGGAGACGAUUAUUCCGGGGGCUCAUCCAGAUAUCCGGACCGUGAUCGUGGUGAUUACUACAACAACCGUGGUGGGGAUUUCAACCGUCGCGGAGGCGGUGGUGGACGAUUCCAAAACGACCGAAGAGAUAAUUACAAUCGCGGCGGCGGCGGCGGCGGCAGUGGUGGUGGAUACAGUAACCGUGGCGGAGGCCAAGAACGUGCUCUUGAUCAACAGCAACCACCUCAAGAGUUCCAACAGAAUGGCGACGAAGUACGUGACGGCCAGUUUAACGAUCGUGAUGAACAAAGAGCCGGGGCUCACUGGGGUAACGGUCCUCGCGGUGGUCGCGGAGGGGAUUAUCGUGAUAGGCCAGUGGAUAAUCGCCCACCACAGAACGACCGUUGGCAGGAGCCGCCGACAAACGGAGCAGCAGAUUUUAGAGAGGGAUAUGGUGCCGGAAGUGGCUCCGGUGGUUACGGAGGCAACCGUGGCGGAAGAGAGGACCGCGGACCAGCUAUGGGAGGACGCUGGAACGAACGUGGCAGAGGAGAUGUCGAUUAUACACAGCUUACCGAUCGUGAUGAACGUUUGGAGAUGGAGCUCUUCAAAAACGGUAACACCGGUAUCAAUUUCAGCAAGUACGAAGAUAUUCCCGUGGAGGCGACGGGCGACGAUGUCCCAAUACACAUCAACUCCUUCUUGGAUAUCGAGCUGACAGAAAUUAUCGAUAACAACAUAAAAUUAGCGCACUACGAUGUACCGACGCCAGUUCAAAAGUACGCCAUCCCGAUCAUCAUGACUGGUCGCGAUCUGAUGGCUUGUGCUCAGACCGGUUCGGGCAAGACUGCCGCCUUUCUUGUACCAAUUCUCAACCAGAUGUACAAGCACGGAAUCAGCGCUCCGCCGCAAGGUCGUCCGUUCAAUCGUCGCAAACAGUAUCCACUCGGAUUGGUUUUGGCGCCUACUCGGGAGUUGGCCACUCAAAUUUUCGAAGAAUCCAAAAAAUUCUGUUACCGGUCACGCAUGCGCCCGGCCGUUCUGUACGGUGGUAAUAAUACACAAGAACAAAUGCGCGAACUCGAUCGCGGAUGUCAUCUGAUUGUUGCUACCCCUGGUCGUCUAGAAGAUAUGAUCAUGCGUGGCAAAGUAGGGCUCGACAAUAUUCGGUUCCUUGUACUCGACGAGGCUGAUCGUAUGCUGGACAUGGGAUUCGAGCCACAGAUUCGUCGUAUUGUUGAGGAAAGCAAGAUGCCUCCGACCGGGGAACGUCAAACAUUAAUGUUCUCAGCCACCUUUCCGAAAGCAAUUCAAGAACUUGCUAGUGAUUUCCUCCAUAACUAUAUAUUUUUAGCUGUCGGUCGUGUUGGAUCUACUUCCGUCAAUAUUACACAAUCGAUCUUUUGGGUAGAUGAAAACGAUAAGCGUUCCCAUCUGUUGGAUUUACUCUCAAAUAUCAAUGCACAGAAUGAGGGCGAUGAUAAGGAUUGUUUGACGUUGAUCUUCGUUGAAACCAAGAAAUCGGCGGAUGCGUUGGAAGAUUUUCUCUACAGUUACAACCAUCCGGUGACUAGCAUUCAUGGAGAUCGUACCCAAAAGGAACGCGAGGAAGCAUUGAAGUGCUUCCGUUCGGGUCGCUGUCCAGUUUUAGUUGCUACUGCUGUGGCCGCUCGUGGUUUGGACAUCCCUAACGUGAAACAUGUUAUCAACUUCGAUCUGCCGGCGGAAGUCGAAGAGUACGUCCACCGUAUUGGUCGUACCGGUCGUAUGGGCAACCUUGGUGUUGCUACUAGCUUCUUCAAUGAGAAGAAUCGCAAUGUGGCCAACGGUUUGGUCAGACUGCUGCAGGAGACACAGCAGGAAAUACCCUCAUUCCUGGAAGAUAUGACCACCGAUCGUUCGUGGGGUGGUCGUGGUCGUGGAGGUGGACGCACGCAACGUUAUGGAGGGGCAAGUUCUACCUUUGGCUCUAGAGAUUACCGUCAGCAGAAUAACAGUCGCAACAAUAAUCGUGACCAGCGCGGCGGUGGUGGCAGCGGCUCUGGAGGCGGCGGUGGCCGUAGCAGCUACGGUGGAGGAAAUUACAAUCGCGAUGAUGGAGGCUACUAUCGCAACGGCGGAAGCAGCGGUGGCGGCGGUGGUGGAAGUUAUGGUGGCAGUUACAACAAUAACAGUAGCUCUGGACAUGACUGGUGGAACGAGUAAGUGAUCGGGUUCCACGAUAAGGAACCCUGACACCUUUUUCCAGAAUAUUAAUGGAAACACAUACACAACAGCAACUUCGUAUUAAAAAUAGAACACAGAUGAGAUACCCACUUUAAAUCAACACACAUAACAAGCAAAAGAAAAAGGCUAUUUUUCGUUUUUGCAGGAAAUAGAUGGUUCAUUCAGAAUAGAAUUCGGUUGUAAAAUCUAGCUACAAUAUUUUUUUUAAAUAAUCCAACUCGUUUUACUGAUGCAAAACAAAGAUGAGGUGAAAUCACUAGCUCUUUGUUGGAAACAAAAAUAUGGUAGCAAAAUUUCUUAUUUAUCAAAUUAUUAUAAAUGCGUUUUAAAACAUCUCGCAGGCUCACUAGGAGAUCACAAUGAAUAAAUGAAAAUCAGUGAAUAAAAUGUUUCUCUAACAGACUUAAAUAGCCCCAAAAAAAAUAACAGCAACAACAAAAACUAAAUGCAAAUGAAGUGAGUAUAUCAAAUUAUGGAUACAUUUUCUAUCAGCAUGAUAAUGGGGUGCCUUCGUGGAAUUUCUGGCAAUCGCUUCUUUCUACAUCAGCCAGUUUACCGUGAUCAGAAAACUGAAACGAAACUCUCGUGUCGAUACUAAUAAACCCAAGAAGUGAUAGCGCAGAACAGAACGGAUUGUCCGAAAACAUCUGAAUACUGUAAGAAAUGGUCAAUCUGCGAAACAUUUUUUAAAGUGAAAAACGCAGACGGACGAACAGAAGGGCAAACAAUGAAUUUAAAAAAAAAACUCAUUUUACUUCUAAUAAAUUCAGUACAGAAAUCAACAACAACCAAUUGUGACAAAAUAUCUUUAAAGACCAACGGCAACAAAACUGAUAAAAUAUAGACAAUUCGAUGAAGAAGGUAAAAA